UACACUUAAUAUAUUUGAGACUGCCUUGCGCUCAGAGUCAAAAUGGAUUUUGGUGAUUACGUUUCAUCUGUCCCUAUUAAAGAUUGUGUCGUAGGACAGGAAUACUGGAUAGAUGUCACUCACGUAAAUAAUCCGCAUAGUUUUUUUGUUCGCUUGAUCGACUUUAGAAUGGACAUAGAUAUUCUUGAAGAAUGUGGAAAGGCUGUUGAAGACUCUGAAGUAACUAUAGGCAGAGUGGUCAUCUAUCUAUCAGGGACUUUAAGGAAACAUGUGAGAGGGCUGGUUUACUUUAUUCAUUGGCAUAAUGUUAUGAAAUGCGACUUAAAGGCCAUUGAUUAUGGAUGUACCGACAUUGGUGUACCAACAUCAAAAAUCUAUAAACCAAAAACACCAAGUAAAAUGGUACCUUUGGCUAUACAUUGCAAGCUAGCAAACUGUGUACCUUUAAAUACCGAUAUUUGGGAGGCUAAAACAACUGAAGCUAUGCUGACUUAUAUUGGCAAAGAACGAACAAAAAUGAUUGUCAAGAAUAAAAUGUAUAACCAGCUUUCUGUAGACUUGAUUAACUCUUGCCCUGAUGACAUAGCAACAAUGUUGGCUUACACCAAUUAUUCAUCACUGAGCUUUGGAAAUGAGAUAAGUAUCAGCAGGCUCAGGGCUCCAAUGCCACAACUUAUCGAACCAGAAUUCAAGUGCCUGAAUUUGCAUAUUGAUGAAGUUCUACAUGUCCGUGUCCAAUCAGGAAAAACACUUGAUAGCUUCUUUGUUGCCAGAACUUAUGAUUUUAAACAAUAUUCCUUGGAUCACAGUGACUUUACAGCUUACUGUAAAAGUAAAAGAGUGAUAGUAGACAAGGAAAUAGAGGUUGGAAAUUUAGUUGCCUAUAAAUCUUUGAGUGGAACUGCAUAUGAGCGAGCAGUUAUUUUGGAAUUAAUUAAGCCUGGAAAUAAAUUACGUUUACAGAAAAUAGAUUGGGGCGAUAUUGUUACUGCUACACAAAUGGAACUAAAGCCAAUUACAUGUGAUAUGUAUAUCAACAAACCAGCAAUGGCCAUAUAUUGUUCAACUGGCAAGAGCGUAAUCUGGGAUAAUGGCUUGCAUAAAUUCUUGUAUCCAGGCUUUGAAUUUAUGAUCAAAAUUAAGGAGCUUGGGGACGGCUUUAAUAAACCAAAUGUAGUUGAUGUCUUUCCAGUAAACACUUAAAGAUGAAUAAUUUAAAUUACAGAUGGAAAGUGCAGACACUUUUUUAAGGCAAAUUUUAUAGAUUAAAUGCAAUAAAUUUAAGUUACAGAAAUAUUAAUUUUGUCAUCAAAUAGAGAAUGUGUUUUCAAGAUUUGUCAAAAAUACAUAAUCUUCUAAGGCCUGUAACAUCAUAAGUAAUUUAUCUUAAUUAUAGUAUUAGUCGUGAUAUUAGUGGUAAUAGGUAAUAGGUCUUUUAUUUAUCGAUUGAGGCACUAUAAAGUCUGCAGGAUCAGCUAGUUUAAAAGAAAUGUAAGUGAACAGAGGAGGUUUUUCUACUUUUGUAAAUUAAUAACAUUAAAUGUUCAGCCAAACUAUUUUUAUUUUUUUAUCGACAAUGAUACUAAGGCAAUAAAAA